GAGCCGACCGGAGCCAGGUAGGUGCGUGCGUGCGUGGGGAAAAAAAAGAGCGCCGUGUGGGAGGCCAACGGACGGCACCGUCAUGUGACGUAGCGCACCCACGAGGCGAGCCUCCCCGCAGGCAGAAUACUCCAUCAGCCUGAUACUACCAUAUACACGCGCCCUCCCUCCUUGUCUAACAGAAUCUCUCUCCCUCCAACCCCCCCUCUCUCUCUAACAAAACAGAAUCUCUCUCUCUCUCCCUCCCUCCCUCUGCGCAAAGACAGGAGAGUCUCCUCCUCCUCCUCCAUUGAGAUAGAUCCUAGUAUCGUUGUAGUUUGAAGAUUAUCUUGGCAAUUGAGCUCUUCUGCUUCUGCCUAAUGCUCAACAAUUUAUAAAUCAAGAAAAAGGAAAAGGGACAGUGGAUGGUCAAAUACCAAGAUCAGAACACCGCUGUAUCAGACGGUUGUCUGCCAGGGCUCGAGUACCUUGUGGGUGACGAUUUUUGCUGAGGCCAGAAGGUAAAUGGACAGGGCAGACACAUCAGGUUUUGUUAGUAGCGGAUUCAACGGGACCUCGCUGCUGCUGAUAUUCUUCGACUUCGUCUUCUCUGACAUGCACAUAUGAAAUACCAGAUCAAAAAUCACCUGAUCUUCUGUUGCCCUGAGAUACUUGUUCUCCAUCACCACCUUCACUCAGUUGGUUCAUGUUCAAAGAAUAAACAGGCCCAGAUCAGUCAGUUCUCAGUGUAUAAAGGUAUAGAUGAAUAACGGUUACGCGGGUAUGCGUCACCGUGGAAGCCAGCCCCUGAUGGACAGCUCUGCGGUGUUGAUGUCCGGGAGCUACACUACUGUCGGCCAUGGUCAGACCUCAUUUUCCUUGGACUUCCGGGGUUCGGCAAUGGACAACUGCAGCCGUGGCAACAGGGGUGUCCAGCGGUCUGGUCAUGCUUCUGCGCAAGAUGAUGCGUGCAGACUGGUCCUUGGACUGGGUCCGUCGCCGGAACCUAGCUCUGUGGAUUACCAGCAGCCUGCAGGAGGAGCAGGCAAGUCGAAAGCGCCGGUGACUCUGUUUGGCCGGAGUUUAUCGUUCACUAAUCCUGGGACGAUGACCCUUGGGCUUCAUGAUCGGGUGGGUAAUGCUGAAGCUAUCGCUCAGCAUUCUGAACCGCCUGGAGGAAACAUCAUCUCCUUCUCCGGUGUCGACGAGAGCUCGACGUCGGCCAGGAGGAGCUCCGGUGGCUACAUUCCGUCGCUGCUCUUCGCAUCUCGGCCGAAUCUUUGUGUUGCUCAAGAGAAUCGGGCAGAGGCGCAUGAUGAUCUGCUCGAUGACCACACGGACAACGCCAAUGAUAGUGCCGAGCAUCACCUUCAAUUCAGCCCUGAACCUUCUGCAACGACAAUGACAGAUACUUCGUUCGGUGUGAGCUCUGAUGUUGUCACCGGUGUAACUGAUCGUGGACAGCCGGUUCAUCGCCGGUUUCCGAAGAAGUGCAGGUUCAAAGGGUGCUCUAAAGGUGCGAGAGGUGCAUCAGGCCUGUGCAUUGCCCAUGGCGGCGGGCAGAGGUGCCAGAAGCCCGGGUGCUACAAGGGUGCCGAGAGCCGAACGGCCUACUGCAAGGCCCAUGGAGGCGGCCGGCGGUGUAUGCAGCUCGGCUGCACUAAGAGCGCCGAGGGAAAGACGGAUCACUGCAUUGCCCACGGCGGAGGUCGCCGGUGCGGAUACAACAGCUGCCCUAAAGCCGCGCGUGGCAAGUCCGGGCGAUGCAUCAAGCACGGAGGAGGGAAGCGGUGCGCGGUCGAGGGCUGCAUCCGGAGCGCCGAGGGGAAGGUCGGGUUCUGCAUCUCCCACGGCGGCGGCCGCCGUUGCCAGUACCCGGACUGCCGCAAGGGGGCGCAGGGCAGCACGCUGUACUGCAAGUCCCACGGCGGCGGCAAGAGGUGCGUCUUCGAGGGCUGCGCCAAGGGCGCGGAGGGCAGCACGCCGCUGUGCAAGGCGCACGGCGGCGGGAAGCGCUGCAUGCACGAAGGCGGCGGCGUGUGCCCCAAGAGCGUCCACGGGGGCACCAGCUACUGCGUGGCGCACGGCGGCGGGAAGCGCUGCGCGGUGCCCGGGUGCGGCAAGAGCGCCCGCGGGCGCACAGAGUUCUGCGUGAAGCACGGCGGCGGCAAACGGUGCAAGGUCGACAGCUGCGGCAAGAGCGCGCAGGGGAGUACGGAGUUCUGCAAGGCCCACGGCGGCGGCAAGCGGUGCACCUUCGGCACGGGCUGCGACAAGUUCGCCCGCGGGCGGAGCGGCCUCUGCGCCGCCCACGCGACGCUGGUGGCCUCGCAGUCCCAGUCCCAGGCACAGCAGCGAGGACGCGGCGGCUGGAGCAUGAUCGGGCCGGGCCUCUUCCGAGGCAUCGUGUCCUCGUCAGCCGCGGCCGCAGCCGCCAGCGCCAUGAACUACGAGUACUCGUCGGGCGUGAGCACGGUGUCGGAGUGCGACGGCUCGCCGGUGCCUACGCCGGGGAGGCAGGAGCUGAUUCCUCCUCAGGUGCUGGUUCCCCUCUCUAUGAAGUCCUCGUCGCCAUCCGCGGAUAGGCGCAGGGAGAGUGGAGAGUUGUGUGUUCCAGAGGGGAGGGUGCACGGGGGUGGACUUCUGUCAUUGCUCGGCGGGAGCUUCAGGAACAUCAUUGACGUCGACAAACUCUCAAGCCGCUAGCUCGGGUCUAAAUUUCUUUCUGUCCAAAUUAUACUUUCUUCUUGAACCCACAAAAAAAAUUGAACAUUCUACACGUCUUAUAGUGUUAUAGAUAUGGGUGUCACAUAUAAACUUUUUUUUUGCGGGGGACAUAUGAACUGUUAUGGGAAAGUUUAAAUUGUUGGAAGGUUGGGCCGUAAUUCUUGUUGAUUAGACCGAUUAUGUAAUAUAAUGCAACCUUUCUUUUGCUGGAUUAUUAUCUCAUCGAUGAUUCUCAUGAA